UAGAAGUUGUUUUUGUUUUUUCGGGACAAAGCGAAGCGGGCGAAUAAAACGCAAAAAAGAAUUGUUUUUAAUUAAUUUGUUAUAUUGGCUUUUUAGUAGAUAAAAUAAUCAAUUCGAGUGGGAAAAAACACAAACGGCAAUAUAACCCAAAAGGAUGAACAGCGAUACCAGCAAGCUGCUGUUGUCUUCGCAGCAGGAGAAGCCCAAUCAUUAUACCUAUUUAAAGGAGUUCCGCGUGGAACAGUGCCAAUCAUUUCUGCAGCACAAAUGCAACCAGCACCGACCCUUCGUCUGCUUCAAUUGGCACUUUCAAAAUCAGCGUCGUAGGCGGCCCGUACGAAAACGUGAUGGCACCUUCAACUAUAGUGCGGAUAAUUAUUGCACCAAAUAUGAUGAAACCACUGGCAUUUGCCCCGAAGGCGAUGAAUGCCCUUUCCUUCAUCGCACUGCUGGAGAUACAGAACGUCGCUAUCAUUUGCGCUACUACAAGACAUGCAUGUGUGUCCAUGACACGGACAGUCGUGGAUAUUGUGUGAAGAACGGUUUGCAUUGCGCUUUCGCCCAUGGCAUACAAGAUCAACGUCCGCCCGUCUAUGACAUUAAGGAGUUGGAGACCUUGCAGAAUGCCGAAAUCACAUUGGAUAACAGCAAUGCUCUUAACGCCUUGGACAAGGAGCGCAAUCUCAUGAACGAGGACCCUAAGUGGCAGGAUACUAAUUAUGUUCUAGCCAACUAUAAAACGGAGCCUUGCAAGAGGCCGCCACGUCUGUGUCGUCAGGGCUAUGCUUGUCCUCAGUAUCAUAACAGCAAGGAUAAACGCCGCUCGCCCAGAAAGUUUAAAUACAGAUCAACACCAUGCCCCAAUGUGAAGCAUGGCGAGGAAUGGGGCGAACCGGGCAACUGUGAGGCUGGAGACCAUUGCCAAUAUUGUCAUACACGCACUGAACAGCAAUUCCAUCCGGAAAUCUACAAAUCCACCAAAUGCAAUGAUGUACAACAGGCUGGCUAUUGCCCACGCAGCGUUUUUUGCGCCUUUGCUCAUGUGGAACCUUGUAUAAUGGCCGAUGAGAAGAUGCGGGAUCACGAACUCUCCUUGUGUGAACUUAUUUCGAAUGCUUUGCCUGAUCUUAAAGCCAAGGAUGUACUACAUAUGGGCGAAAAAUUGUUAAACAUUGAUGGUAAUAGUACCAAUAAAAUGUUGGUAGAUGCUUUGGAAAAUACAUCAAAUUCCAGCAAGUUUUUAAAUUUCUCACGACCCCUGGAUAGUCGUUCUUGCUCAUUGGAGGAUCCGCGCGAGAACUCGCUAUCCGCGAGCUUGGCCAACACUAGCUUAUUAACACGUUCCUCGGCGCCAAUUAACAUUCCUAAUCAGACACUAAGUAACUCAAUUAACGAUUUCAACUCAGGUGGUUUUGCCGUCAACAUUCCUAGUAGUUCGCUCAACUAUAGUCCAACAAAUCAUGCCAGUCUAUUCAAUGUGGAUGCGUUCAACUAUGGCGGCGGCGGUGGAUCCAAUAAACUCAGCAAUUCACUUUCGGCGGCCACACAAAAUACAGCAGAUAGUAAUCUAUUCUUUCCAUCGCGCAUAAUUUCGCCAGGAUUUGGUGAUGGUCUCUCAAUUAGUCCAUCGGUUAGGAUAUCGGAAUUGAAUACAAUACGAGAUGAUAUUAAUAGCAGUUCAGUAGGCAAUAGUCUCUUUGAGAAUACUCUGAAUACGGCUAAGAAUGCAUUCAGUUUGCAAUCGUUGCAAUCCCAGAAUAAUAGCGAUUUGGGCCGCAUGACCAACGAGCUGCUCACCAAAAAUGCCCAGAUUCAAAAACUAUCUGGACGCUUUGAGGAAUUAGUUUGUAAAUUAAAAAUUACCGAAUUACACCGUGACAAAGCUAAACAGGAAGCAAUUGAAUGGAAAGAGCGCUAUGAUCUAGCCCAAAUUCAGCUCCAUUUGUCCGAUGAACUGCGUGACAUGUCUAUACAAAAACUAAAGCAAUUGCAGUCAAAGCUGCGCACCGAUUUAGAGGAAGUUGAUAAAGUAUUAUAUUUGGAAAAUGCCAAGAAAUGCAUGAACUGCGAGGAGAAUAACCGAACUGUCACAUUGGAGCCCUGCAAUCACUUGUCCAUCUGUAAUACAUGCGCCGGCUCUGUUACCGAAUGCCCCUACUGUCAAGUACCGGUAAUAACUACCCACACCUAGGAUAUGUUUGAUCGACAGAAGGGUGGAGAACGGACGUACAAAAUGACAAUGUGCGAACAACACAACACAAAGUACAGAUUAAUUUAAAGUAAGCAAAAAAUGAAUACAAAAAAACAAACACAAGCUUAUAUUAUUUAGACUCACAUAUACAUACGCAUAUGUAUAUGUAUGAAAACAUAUAAUCUAUAUUUUAACUAUCUUAUGCAAAUUAAUCAUUAUGGAUAUUAGCAAUUACUAGGCACAAAAACUAUUAUUUAAAUUUUUUCUAUCUAGUUAGCUCUUUGGCAAUUUAUUUUUAGUUUUUCUUAUCAAGAAACCUAAAAUCAACUACAGGAAUCAUUGAAAACGUGUGUUUAUUUGAGUUUCGUCUUCAAAACUGUAUUUCAAAUGUUUAAAGAAUUUAAUUAAUUUUUAUUUUUGUACUUUAUUUUUUGUUUAGUAUGUUUGUAAUUUUUUUGUUUUUAAUUUAAAGAAUGAGCAAAUUGCAAUAUAAAUAUUUAAACUUUUCAUUUAAUUGGAAAAAUUAUUAUAUUUUUGUUUAUCGUAUUAACCACUCUAUAUUAUUGUAUUGAAACAUAUGCCACAUUUUCAGUCAUAUUGUACUUUUUACUAGUAUUAUUUAAGAAACUUAAAACAUG